ACUAGAAAAGGUUCGAAUCCUGCCGAUGAUCGGGAGAGCGUCGACGCCGGCAGUCAGCCCAUAUCUAGACGCGUUCAAUAUGGUUUCUGGGGGAUCGACUAAACGGUCCUCGUCAAGCACGUCUGUUCGAAGCGCCAAGCCGCGAAGUGCUCCCGGGACCCCAAAGCCAGGUACACCUUCCACACCGCGACGAGCCCGCACCCCAGGCGGCAGUCAAGAAUCAGGAACAGUCUUCACACUUGAGUUUAACGGUGGUCUAAGAGGUGCGAGUUAUGGAAUGAUGAUUAAACAGCAACCUGCAGGAGGUCGAAAUCCGGUAAUCGUCUUCACAGGAAGCGUAUCCAACAACGAUAAAUUUUCGUUUACUUCGAAACGCACUCCAGGGCAGAAUUUCAAUGCAGUGAUUUACAUCGAUGGAUUGCGAUAUCAUCAGCUAAGCGGAUGCUGCGAAAACAGAUACAAGGAAGGAUCGAGUUUUGGUAACCGGUUGACUAUUCAGAAGGUCGAAGGCGCCAAGCCAUGCUACAGAUGCCAGUUCGAGAAAGAACUCAAAAAGCAAAGAUGACACCUCGACUCGGCUGGAUGAUU